CCUUUCCCUCCUCACGACGGCCCAGGUACGAGCUGGGAACGUAACUCCCCCGCUGCCUUCUGGUCACGACCACGGUGCUACGGCCCACCGGAGACCCCGGGUGCAACCCCAAGUCCAGCUUCCCGUUACCGCGACUCGUCUCCGACUCGCAGCCGACCAUGUCUUGCAGAUCAGAGGCGCAGAGUAACCGCCACGCCGGCACGGCUACUCGCACUCUGUCCACUAACCCAACCCAUGUCUGCCGUAUGAUGUUCGAUCGCGGUGCGCUGUGUCCUCGGGAUCGGUCCGGCCGCUUUUCCUGUGCUCGAAGCUUAACAAGUCUGCUGACACCAUGUCAACCCGUCGGUCUUAACAACUUCCAUUACGCUCGACCAGAGCACGUAGGCUUGUCCCAAGCCCUCGCCGGGAGACGCGCCGAUGCUUCAGAUGCUCGACCCGUCCGCCUCCCGAGCCCAGAGCCGGAUGGGCCGGAGGGUGUCCUGUCUCUUCAUUGACUGACGUCAAUGAAGAGUCGGAUGGUUUUCUUACGCCAGUAUCCCCCAUGUAGCUUGUUGGCUUCGGAAAUGGCGUGGGUGGUGCGGUGGUCGUUGAUCGCGUAGUCCGUUUGUAGGUUCGAGAGUGCCGAUGAAAACUUUUCACAGCACCGUCCAGCCGCGGUUCUCGACCGCGCGCGACGCACCGCGCCACACCCACCACUCCUACUGACACCGGACACCACGAGAAGGUCUGCCACAUCGUCCUACUGCUUUUUCAAGCAGCAUCCAGUGUGCUCACUGGAGGCACGGCUUGCACAGCACGAGUCGAACACGCGACCCACAGCGGGCUCAGAUGCGACAUCAGCCCGCACAGGCCACACAAGGAGGCGGCGGCGUCGAGAUCGACGCCGCAGACGUCUCCCACUACAUCGCUGCCGACAGGACCAGCGCUGCUUCGGCCGGCUAUCCGAAAGCCGGUCAUGGCGGUACUCUCACAACAGCAAGAGACUGUGAUAAUGUGACGCAGCGUAACAGGGGUAUGGUAGACGAUUGGGCCGUCCGGGGUGCGAGCCGGGCUUUUGAAAACCACGAAAUGCCCGAUGGCGCCGUCGCUGAUGGUGUGGGCGGACAUGAUACGUCAAUUCGCAUGUUUGACGUCGGUAGGCAGGACGUCUUUGGGAUGGAGGAGGCUGGAAAUAAAGUGCAGACCGGACGAUCCAAGAACGUCUCUCAUUGGCAAGUGGUGAUGGCAAAAAAUGCGAAAGCCCCGACUGCACAAGUGGCGCGUGCUGGCUCCGCCGAAAACCAAGCGCGGAUAGUGCAACGGUUUUUAAGACAAGUGUCUCUGCGCAUGCGGCUCGCAACCAGACAGGAACGGCUACCGCUACACCGGAUCGCUCACCAAGCCAGAUGGAGAAGUACGUCGUAACUUGUUUGAAGGCGCCGAAACCUAACGCAUGGUGUGCCGGGCGAAUCGUCUAGUUUUUGCAGUGGAAUGGAUUUUGUCAUGACGCAGUGGGAUGAUCUACCCAUGUAUUAACUUUUCUUUCUUCCUUUUUCAUGGGAGAUCGUUCCAGUGCGUGCCGUGAGGCUUGCCGACCGCGUUGACGAGUCCUUCCCAAGAAAAACCAUUGCACGAUAUAUCGCCCGUAGAACGUAGCAUCAUCACUAGACAGCGACUAUAAAGU